AUGGCUCUGCAUCCGGCGGCCAUGGCCUCGGACGACGACGCGCAGCUAUGGUGGCGCCACGCCAAGCCCCGUGGGCACCGGCCGCCACGGACGACGCUGGCGCUGGCCCGCGAGCUUGCGCUGGAUGAGGAGCGCGACUGGAUGAAGAAGCACAAGAAAGCCCGCAAGUUUGAGUUUACAGCCGCCGAGAAGCGCAUCUUGCGGCAGUGGUUUGACGUGCUCGACACGGACCAGUCGGGCAGCGUUAGCACCGAGGAGCUCGAAGACACGCUGCUGACGCUGGGCUUGGCCUCGACGGCCGACGAGACUGAGGCGAUCGUGAACGUGAUCGACACGGACGGCAGCGGGUCCGUGGACUUUCAUGAGUUUGUGCGCGCGCUCAUGCCGGCCUCCGAGAAGAAAAACGCGGGGCUCCACAACGCAGCGAUGCGGGAAAAGUCGUUUUUGGGCCUCAAGAAGAGCAUGGAAGCGCAAGCCAAAGGCCUCCUGGACGCGAAAACGCACGUGUCGAUCGAGCGGCGCAAGUUCCUCGUCAACACCAUCACGUCGCGGAAAUGCGAAGACAUUGACGUCGCGGUGCACCACGCGCUCUGCGCAACAAAGGCGCUCGGAAAACCCCACCGACCGUCUCUCAACACACUGCGCCUCGACGGUCUCCAUAAUGUGUUUCGGCGGUCGGCGGCCGUGACCCGCGCCAAGUCCGAGGCGAUGCGCGCGAGGCAGCUGCCGUCCAUCCACGCCGACGAAACACACGCCGAGGUGACCCGGCGCCUCCACGCCGUGGCCAACGCCCGCGCAGUGAGCGAGCAAAGACUGCACACAUCGCUGCCUGCGAUUGGGCCCGCCCGCGCGACUUCAGAGCAAACCAUGCUGUAAGAGGCGACACAAAAUGGACUAUUUAAUACAGGGCUUACGA